CUGCUCUGGUAGUUGUUCUUCGAAAUGCCUGAGCCAGCGAAAUCCGCUCCCGCGCCCAAGAAGGGGUCGAAGAAGGCGGUGACCAAGGCGCAGAAGAAGGACGGCAAGAAGCGCAAGCGCAGCCGCAAGGAGAGCUACUCGGUGUACGUGUACAAGGUGCUGAAGCAGGUCCACCCGGACACCGGCAUCUCAUCCAAGGCCAUGGGCAUCAUGAACUCGUUCGUGAACGACAUCUUCGAGCGCAUCGCGGGCGAGGCGUCGCGCCUGGCGCACUACAACAAGCGCUCGACCAUCACGUCUCGGGAGAUCCAGACGGCCGUGCGCCUGCUGCUGCCCGGGGAGCUGGCCAAGCACGCCGUGUCCGAGGGCACCAAGGCCGUCACCAAGUACACCAGCUCCAAGUGAGUGCGUCCUCAGAAAACGUCCGAUCAGUCUCAGCCCUCACCCCAAAGGCUCUUUUCAGAGCCAUUCCAUUUUCCUGAAAGAACUGCCACUCCGCUUGUGGCUUCUUAAACUUAAUACAACAACUUUCUCUUUUUGGCUUUUGAAAUUCUCACUGAAGAACUUUCCGUUGCUGUGUUCGAUGUCGAUGUAUAUCAAACCCCGUAAGAAUUUUCCUUUAUUAAAGAACUUGAUCAUCUCUGUCUACCUGCUAAAGUGUUGCUCGCUCAAGGAGGUGCUUGUCGCACAAACGUACUGAUUAACUUCACUUUUGACUGCUGUGCUGAAUUUGCUAAUAAAAACCAAAAGAGAAAGUCAACACUGGUGCCCGUGACCAAUCCUGAUGCUGCGCGGGAAAUUUGAAACCCUCCCUUUCU